AUGUCUUCUCCUCCCAAGGCGAAGGAGGUUUUCUCCUCGGACGAGGAGGGCCCGGCGGCCGGCGCCGAGGAUCACGCCAAAGUCAAAGUCUCCAGCCUGCCUUUCAGCGUGGAAGCGCUCAUGUCCGACAAGAAGCCCCCCCGAGAGGUGCCCCCGGGCCCCGGCGACGGAGCCGCGGCGGUGGGCACCUCCAGGACCCUGCUGCUGCCCGGGCACGGCUCCAGGGAGGCUCCCAGCCCCGGGGGGCUUACAAAAACCUUUGAGACCUCCUCGGUCAAAUCGGAGACCUCGGAGGACAGCCCGUCCUGGAUCCAGGAGCCCGGGAGAUACUCCCCCUCGCCAAGACACCUGAGUCCCACAGCCUGCACCCUAAGGAAGCACAAGACUAACAGGAAGCCCAGGACCCCCUUCACCACCUCCCAGCUGCUGGCCUUGGAGCGCAAAUUCCGGCAGAAGCAAUACCUGUCCAUUGCGGAGAGAGCAGAGUUUUCCAGCUCGCUCAACCUCACAGAGACCCAGGUCAAAAUCUGGUUCCAGAACCGGAGGGCCAAGGCCAAGAGACUGCAGGAAGCUGAGUUAGAGAAGCUUAAAAUGGCUGCCAAGCCCAUGUUGCCAUCUGGGUUCAGCCUACCCUUCCCCAUCAAUUCUCCCAUCCAGGCUGCUUCUCUGUAUGGAACAUCUUAUCCCUUUCACAGACCUGUGCUCCCCAUCUCACCUGUAGGACUCUAUGCUACUCCUGUCGGAUAUAGCAUGUACCACUUAUCCUAAGAAGAUGGGAAAGCAAAAGCAGAGACUUUCUGGUGGAUUUUGUCCCAUCUGAGAAUGCGGUACCAUAGCAGUACUGGCCUUUCUGUCUGCAUGUGCCAUACCAAGUGUCUAGGAGUUUGCCUAGGCAUAAAAGCAAAGCAACCUGUUUGUGCUCCAGGUCGGAGGGGCAGGGGGGAGGAACCUGCUAGCUCUCCUCUGAGUGUGAUCUGAGCACUCGGACUGAUCCCAAAAGGAACAUGUAAAAACAUAUACCAAUUAUUAAAUAGGGGGGAGGGGGGUUAAUACUACACACUAAAAAUGGGUAAACCAGCAGUCUUCUAUCUGAGGCCUAGUUCCCCCAGGCAAAGCCCAAGAUCUGUUUUUAAAAGUUCAUUCUCUAAAUGGGAUCUCAAUAUUGGAAGGGAAAGUUAAAUAAGGUGUAAGAGUUUUGCGGGGCUUGUAAACAAAAUAAAUGAUAGCUAUAUUCAUAAUGUAAAUAGAGAAGAGGCCAAAGGCACCAAAGUUCCUGCCUUUUUGAGCAGGAAACCCACCCAAAGAUAGUCCAGACAAGGGUAAUAGGCAGAAUGCAGAAUCGGCCCCUUAUAUGAGUUAAGUAACCCCCUCCUCCCCCUUGGCUCAUGUAUAUUUUUGAUCUGUAUAAAUCUCUUAAAUAUUAAGGCCCGUGGAGGGGAAGGAAGAAUUCAGAGAUUUUUGGGAUCCUCUAUCCUGCUUUGCUGCCCCGUAUUUUCACCUACAUCUGUAUUCUGGGCUCUCUCUUGUUAUUUAAAGGAGGGAAACAGAGACGCAGAGAAAAUAGUUGGGUUAUAUAUUUUUUGAAGUAGAGAGCCGGCAAAGAUUAUCAGAGCAUACCCUUGUUUAUUUGCAAUAAUCUGAUUUUUAAAGAUUACCUGGCAAAGAGAAUGUCAAUGAGAGAAAUCAUGCUCAAUUCACAGAGAGACCCAGGUACCCCCCGCAAAAAAGAAAGAACAAAAAGAAAAACCCAAAAAACAAAAAACCAACCCAAGACAUGGGCAGUAGGGAUGCUAUUCAUCUCCCCUGGUUUUAUUGUGAAAGUGGGAUUGUCUAAGCCCGGAUUUCUUCUUUUAAUUAUUUUAUUGUUUUAUUGCUAUUGCUAAAUUUUGUGGCAAGGUUUUGAUAGAGGAUACAGACUGCAGAAGGUAGGAUGUCUCCUGCAUGUACAUUUUUUAGAAUAUUGUGGGGAAGAAGCGAGCCACAAAGUUUUGACUUACUCCAAGUUUUUGACCUGUGUUGUCAACCCCUGACCAGUCCCCCUCACCCAGCCCCACUUUCCCGUGAUAUUAAAGUCCCUUUGAAAGGGAUGCCUUGUACAAGUUUAUAUAUUUUAUUGAAGAUUUAUUCUUUCCUUAUCUCUUAUUUCGAAUUAAAUUUAAAAAAAACCACAAAACUUGC